UCUGCCCCGCUCAAUGACAGUUCUCCACUGGAAGAAGUUGAGGAGGACACUGAUGAGGAUGAGUUGAACGCAUCCGCCGCGAUCAUGUGUGGACAGACUACUACGCACGGCGCCGGCGGUGACGGUGCGGGUCCUAUUUGCUCCUGUUCCGGUACCACCCAAACCGGCCCCCUUCUGCAUGGACCUUCUUCCAGUCAGGAUACAGUCGGUUCGUUAUGA